AUUUGGAAGAAAUCGGUGCCUGAAAACGGCUAUUUUUCGAGAAGUGUGGGCAUCGAUAUUUCAAAAUGGCGAGGGUAUUCACAACUGCAUUGUAGAGGUGACCGUCCGUGUAAAUAAUUCUUCAAAGGUCAUCGGUUAAUGAAUGGAAAUUUGAAAAGAAAAUGAAAAAUCAUUAAGUGACCGCGAGGUUAUCACUUCCUGUUAGCAAAGCGUUUUUUAAAUUUUUUGGUUCGCCAAUGGCAAUGCUUUGAUACGGGCAAAGUCUCGGCUAUAACAAAACAUGGCCUUGGUACAAUCACACUGUGGUAAUUUAUCUUCUCCUUAAGUAUCACUGAUCACGUGUCUUUUGGCGAUACAUUUCAAAUCAUUGCUUAUAUCUUGGUCAAUUUUCCAGCGACGAGGGAGAAAAAGGAAAAAAUCUCGAAUUGAUAACCGCCGCUUGUGUAACGCAUUGGGCGAGCUCGUGCGCCUGGCAGAAAUUUACCCACAAUGCUCUGCACGUCCUUAGCUGUGACCCUCGAGUGACAUAUUUCCUUCCCUAAAAUCCGUGCAGGGCCAUCAGCCCUGCCCACCGCCCUGCUUGGGCGCUGUGCGACGAGCGACGCCGCCCCCUACCUACGACAAAUCCUGGGUUCGCUGUUGCAUUGUGUGGGAGACACUGAAGUGGGUAAAUUUGAGUAAACACAAUAUUGUACUCAAACUCAGCAACGCAGAAAGCCACAGACAACUGCUGAGCUCCGCCGGCAAAGUGUCCAUAGCAUAUAUCCGUACGUGGUGGCUAGUAGAAGUAACACUAAAUCCCAGACGUGGCCAGUAUGACUUUCGUAUCUCUCAGAGCGGCCAAGGUCGAGAUGCAUUCGACUGAUAAACCCAUGUACGUAGUCCGCUUUGCCAUUGAAAGGUGGCCCUGACCAGUUUGAAAAAGACGGCACUCGCUACAACAUUUGGUGGUGAUUGGUUCAAGUGACAGCCGGUAUUCAGAAUGACACGCAGACGGUGGUCAUAUCGCAGGCCUCAGCGGGCUUCGGACGCGGUACAUCCGCCCGAGGCAGGAGCUGCGGACGGCGGAUGGGCGUGGAUGGUGUGUUUGGGCGCCAGCCUCGGCCAUAUGUUAAACCCCGGUUACCUGUCCUCCCAGGGCGUCUUGUAUAUCGAGUGGAAGGAACACUUCGAUACCUCGGCAACAACCAGCAGCUGGAUCCUCACAUUACCCUGGUUGGCUUCUUCUCCCUUUUGUCUCAUUAUGGGUAUCUUGGCCCCACGUCUUGGCAUUCGUAGAUUGACCAUGAUUGGGGGCACGUUGGCCGGACUUUCAACAAUUCUGGGCUCGUUCGCCACUGAGAUGUGGCAACUCUACCUUUGUGGUAUAUCAUCAGGUAUAGCCAUGUCGAUGAUAUUACCCUCCGGCAAUAUAAUGAUUACGAAGUACUUCAAGAAACGCUACGCUUUGGCCAAUGGUUUAAACUUACUGGGUGUCAACGUGGGCCAGAUGGUUUUCCCUCCGUUGAUUCGCUUGCUGAUCGCUAAUUACGGGUGGAAAGGCGCCAUGUUUAUUCUUGGAGCUAUUCAAAUGAAUUUAGUCGUGGCCAGUGCACUCUUCCGACCCUUAAAGGCAAAGCACACGAGUGACUUACGACGACAAACCAGCCUUGAGAUGGAGGACAUUCGGAGUGGAGGAGGUACAAGAUCAGAAGGCCAGAAUUUCCUGUUUCUCAAAGUCUUAACCCGUGUCCCGUUUACACUGAGUCUAGCAUUACUCUUCUUAUAUUCCAUGGCGUGGACGAUUUAUCUCUCCCAUCUCCCAUCGCGAGCCAAGGAAGCCGGCUGGUCCGAAGACCAAGGCGCCAUGCUGUUGACGAUCUUCGCUAUCAUUGCCAUUCUGACGAGGACGACACACGGCUGGUUCGUAGACAGAGGGUACAUCGGCAGCUUUCAGCUCGAAUUCGGUGCCCUUUCAGGCGCUGCUCUGGCGAGUUUCCUGAAUCCGGUAUCAGACAGUUAUGGUUACCUGGUCGGCUGUUCGGUUCUGCUGGGAGCCAGCUUGGGAGUUGCGUCCCCUCUUAUGAUCGUCAUCAUCAAGAGGCUGGUCUCUGAUGCUGACAUCCCAGCAUCUAUGAGCUGGUUUGUGGCUGUGUUCUCCUUCGCUCAAGGAACCGGCUCGGUGGUCGCAGGCAACAUUUAUGACUUAACAGGCAGCUACGUGGCAACCUACCUGACAGGCGGCGGCUUCUUCGCAGCAUCGUUGUCAUUGCUGGUACUCGUCUUCAUCCUCAAGAGGCGCCAAACGGGCGUGCCAAUUGGUCGAAAAGAUCCAGCUCCACCAGGAGAUCCUGAAGUGCAGGGACAAAUUACACAGAGCUGUAUAUAGAGAGAGUAGCGCCAACUUCAGACUUUGGCACCAAAAUGGCGGUCCAUUGUGUGCGCAGUACAUACAACAUGAUAAUCCAACAUUUUGGUUCCAACAAUUGAGACACUCAGCUGAUUUGUUCUUUGUUAGAGGGAAGAAUAAAUUCAGAAAGCCACACAUAGAUUAAGUGGUUCGUUCUUCGUAGGAGCUACCUAGUAAUUAAACCACACGUAGUUAGAGUAAUUGGUUCGUUCCUCGGGGCGAGGAACAAAACAAGUCGCAUGCGUAGGAGAGGCUUCAUCACGUGUGGGAUCAGCCAAGUGUGGGUGUGUGCCGAGGAUUUAGGGUGGCGUCGGCGUUUACUGCUCAUGUGUAUGGCAGUGAAAAGGUCUUUACCACACGUUUUCACCGUGAACUAGUGGAAUAAGCCAUUUGCGAGUUAAAUUUG